ACACACACCCACACCCACACGCACGUGUACAUACACACACACUCUUACACAAAAACCAAAAGUACCCACUGCUACCUCAGAAGUCUCAGACUCUGGCACUGUUAGUAUCAGUCAGCUGUUAGCGUGCGGUCGAAAAGACAUCGGAGGAGGAUGGGCGCUCCUGGAUCCUGGAUAAUCACACUUCUGCUGUUUCACCUCUUUGGCUCAGGUACUUCAUCCCCUGUUUUCACCAACACACCGUCUCUUCUACCGGAAAUUUUACUUCCCUUUCCAACUGUCCCUGUCCCCACCCCUCCCUUCAUCAGUAACUCUGGAGAGUCAACACAAGGAGUCCUCUGCCCUCUAAAGUUAUCCCCCUCCACUGUGGUGGUCAGGUAUGGAGAUCCAGUCAAAGCUAACUGCUCCAUAAAAAGGAUGGGGUUUCCUGUCCUGGGUUGGUAUCUCCAGCUGGAUCCUCCUGUCAUCACAUAUAAUGGUUUUCUGAUCUGGAGUGUCGAGAGGAUGACUAACUGGACCAUCAAGCCUGUGUGCUUUGCUUUAGCUGAACAGGGAGGACAGUGUGAUAUUGCUCUCACUCUAAUAGUCUACAAGCCUCCAGACAGAGUAUCCAUCACAUUUGUAAAUCACACUGGGCAAAUGAUCGAGGGCGAUCAGUAUACUGUGCAGUGCAAUGUUACAGAGGUUGCACCUGUCGAAAACCUCAUUGUGACCUUCUACAGAGGACAAAAUAUUCUGGCUCAGCUGCAGUCCAAUAACUCCAGAGAGAAGAAACCAGUGACUGAGAGCUUCACUCUGGACAUCGUGUCCAGUAAAGAGGACAAUGGAGCCGAGUACUGGUGCGAAGCCAAAAUGGAGCUGGGACCUGAAGGACCACAACCCCCUCCAGUGGUGGCAUCACAAAAACUCUUCACCAAAGUCCUCUUUGCACCAGAGUUCCUCUGCCCUCCAAAAAUGAUGGUGACAGAGGGCAAGACAUUCACCUGUGAGGUGACAGGAAACCCACAGCCAUCAGUGACCUGGUUCAGAGAUGGGCAGGUAGUUACUCUGCCCUCUCAUUUAAGUAAAAAGGAUGCUGGAAAAUACACAAUCCAGGCUGAAGGAUUGUCUCCAAAAAACUUUACAGUGGAAGUGGAAAUCCUUCCUGUCAGAGGAACUGCAAACAGCUGUAAUGGACAUUUCUUGCUGCUUGGUUUUCUUACCCAGAUGAUUAAUUGGCUGUAAAACCUAAAAAAAAAAACAAAAAAACAAAAAAAACCCAAAACACCAAUGAUCUACAGUUCUUCUUUCCAUUUUUGGAUAAACUACCACAACCACUUAUCGUGUCACUCCUCAUGCCCAAAUGGCUCCGCUUUAAAUCUGAAUGUCUUUAUGUCCAUUUCAAAGACAGUGGAGUCUCACUAAAAGCAGAGGCAGCUCUUGUUUUUUGGAGAACUACUGUCCAGGUACAUGCUCUUAUGCUGUAAAGCUGUCUAUGUAAUCUGCCCAAAAGGGAAAGUUCACAUCUUUCAGAUUGAAAGUUACUCUAGAAAGAUUCACAUUCUAGUCUUUUGUCACUCAUUGUUCAUGGGUCUGUGACAGUGCGCUUUAGUUAGACGCAGUUUACUUAUAAAGCGCAGAAACUGGAACAAAGGUGAGACGGCAGUGUCCAGAAGAGAGAUCUGGUUCUAGUUUGUCUUAUUUUCUUUUGAACAUCAAGAUGGUGUUUCAUGACCACUUGAUAUCUGUGAAGACAUGCUCAGUUACGCCCUAUCCUGCAAUGUUAAUACAGGACAUUUAGGAAGGAUUCUUUCUGGAUCUGGACCAAUUCCAAAGUGUAGUCAGUCCCAGGCUGAACAAAGCCCCACUUUUCAUGGCAUCAUGCAAGCAAAUCUGUUCCUAACUUUUGACUUUGUGCUAACAAAAUGAACCAAUGACAAUCACUUGAUGGCACUAAGUAGUGCUUUAGUAAGAAAUUAGUUUUUGCCGAUAUCCAACUGAAGUUCAGGACUUCAGUGACCAGGUGUUUCGCUCCACACCCUUUUGGAAACUGUCUGGGUUCGCUAUCAGAGAAGAGGCUGCACCCAAUUGGUACAAGAGACUGACUUCCUAACAAGCUGCUCUUUGUGUGCGGGCAACCCUCCACUUCCUCAUGGCCCCUUUGGCUUGUUGAGAUAUUUUGUAUUUACAUCCUUAUUCAACACUUACAUUUUUAGUCAUUUGUACACCCCUUUCAAUAUUUUAACAAGCUGAUUUUGCUGUUUUGACUCAACUGCAUAAAGGAUUCAUUUGUUACUAGCCUCAGUCAGGUUGGUAACAUGUUUCACUAUUAAAAUGUUCAGUUGCUGUACAACAUGUUAAGGAAACAAAACACCAAAUAAAUGCUUAUUCUAUGCUCUUUAUUAUGUAUUAAUUCAAAGUAUAUUUUACAUUUCAAAGCCUCUGAAACAAGUUGAAAUUAAAAGGUUAUCUUCACAAAUGAUUGUAGAGUAGGUGCAGAGGGUCUUGUCAGAAUCAGACAGGUGGUGGGAUGUCAUUUUGUUGCUUUUCUCAGAGAGCCAGUUCUGUCACCGUUUACUUUCAUACUUAAACAUCCAAGAACCUGCCUGAGGGAAAAGAGUCAGAUCAAUAUAAAAUCUUUAACCAGUGCUGAUUUAAGUAUUACAACUACUCCAUUAGAAUCCCAUCAUGUGUCCAUCUCCGAAGACUCUGCUCCCAUCUGAAAAACAUUUUUAUCUACUUGACAAAAUGUUGAUUGUACAGCUUUUAUAUUGACAUUGAAACUUAUUGGUAUACAUAAGGCAUCUUGCAGUACUGAUGUGUUACGUUAUGACAAACAGACUGCAUAAAAUAUGGACGUAGCAACCAUGUCAUCACAUAUUGGUUUGGGCUCUGUCCCACAACGAAGCCUUACUCUAUUCACCGUCUCCAUCUUUGGGAUUUGGAGUCAGAUUGACUGAAGGGUGGCUCUUACUGUGAAACUGCACACUCCUUGACUGACUAACUUGUGAUUUUCAAGUCGUUCACCAACCAACACGUCAUGGAUAAUCCUUUGUGGCUCUUAGAAUGACCAUAAUUUACCAGAUGGAUUUAAUGUUUUAUCCAAUAUGACCUGAAACAAGUAACUGAGCCGAUGAACUCAUUAAGAAGGUGCUUAAUGAAUUCAGAGAAAAUGAGCUGGGGCCAUUUUCUCACAGACAUCUACUGGCCCAGAAGCCUUCGUGCAACUACAAGGUUCACCUCUCAGCAUGCAGUUUUUAGGCACUUUGGUAUUUGCUUCACUUCUUGAACCCAGAAGCUACAAUGAUGUUUUAUAUUGUCAAACAUGAACAUUUUGAUUUUUGAAUUUGAAUUUCGUUUUAUUUCUAGUUAUUAGGAUGUUACAUUUUGUCAUCUUGAGCAUUUAUGGUCAUUUAGUUCAACUAUGUUCACUACAGAAG